AUGGGUGACCAGACAGAGUCGACCGUGGUGCACAAAUCCACUUCGUUCAGCAUCAAGAGUCUGCUGUUUCCCAAGUAUGACAGUCCGGACACUGGCGUCCCGGAGCAGCGGACGCUCCCGGCCGGCUCUGAUUCAGAAAAAUCCCUGGACCCCACGGAGAUGGAGGGUCAGAGAGACGAAGUUGAAGUUGACGUCCGAGCGGCUGAACAACACGACAAAGACGGGAAAUACGACAAGCCGCCGUUCAGCUACAACGCGCUGAUCAUGAUGGCAAUUCGACAGAGUCCUGAGAAGCGACUCACUCUCAACGGCAUCUACGAGUUCAUCAUGAAGAAUUUCCCCUAUUACAGGGAACACAAGCAGGGCUGGCAGAACUCCAUCCGGCACAACCUCAGUCUCAAUAAGUGCUUCGUGAAAGUGCCGAGGCACUACGAUGAUCCGGGGAAGGGGAACUACUGGAUGUUGGAUCCGUCGAGUGACGACGUCUUUAUCGGUGGAACUACAGGAAAACUUCGGAGGCGGUCGGCUACCUCCCGGGGCAAACUGGCGAUAAAGAGAGGUCUGCGCUUCGCGCCGCUGGGGCUGGGUUUGAGUGGCAGGGCCAGCAGCCCUUUGUACUGGCAGAUUUCGCCCUUUUUAUCGCUGCAUCAGCCGCAUUAUAACGGAUCUACUCCGGCAUUUCUGAACCAGGGGCACGCGUACGGGUCGCUGCUCUCCGGAGUUGAGCAGUUGGGAAAUAGAGACCUUUCCCGCCAGGUUCUGGGUGGAUCUGCCGGGGGGAUCAACCUGGCGACCGGCUAUGGCGGGGCCACGUCUCCCGUCAGUUUAUUACCGGGACAUAACGGCUAUUUCGUGUCAGGGACUGGGCAUUCUCAGACCCUGCAGACUGGGGUCGGAUUCGGACUGUCGUCCAGCGGCUCUCCACCGACUCUCAUCGCGGAAACUCUGACGUCACUGCCUUCCUUCGCUCGCACCGGUUCGACCGGAUUCUGA